GGUCUUCUAUAAAGCCCAAUCCGCGAAUGCCCAUUUCAAAAUCGAAACAGCUCGUCGAAAACCGAAGCAGCAACACCGAUAGCACCUCUCUCCGGUCGGCCGGGCGACGCAGUGUGUACAAUGGAAAAUGAAGGUGACAAUCCAUUGCAGGUGGCGCUGGUGCCUCGAGCGGCAGUUGUGGUGUUCCUGUUGAAGGGAAAGACAGUCCUACUGGGGCGGCGCAGGUCCUCCAUCGGUCACUCCACCUUCGCUCUCCCCGGCGGCCACCUCGAGUUCGGGGAGAGUUUUGAGGAAUGUGCUGCUAGGGAAGUGAAGGAGGAAAGUGGGCUGGACAUUGAGAAGACAGAGUUCCUCACAGUGACCAACAAUGUGCUUUUGGAGGAAGCAAGACCAGCGCAUUAUGUCACCAUCUUUGUGAGAGCAGUGUUGGCAGAUCCUGACCAAGUGCCCCAAAAUAUGGAGCCACACAAGUGUGAUGGUUGGGAUUGGUACGACUGGAAGAACCUUCCGCAGCCCCUGUUUCGACCACUUGAAAAAAUAGUGCAGAGCGGCUUCAAUCCCUUUCCAACUGAUUAAAACUGCCGCUGCAUGUAUCUUAUCUCUUCUUCACUUUCUAUUUUGUUAGAUUCUAUGUAUGCUAUAUUUUGAAAUUGAAAUAUUUGGGUAGGAUUUUGAGUCUUGUUAUGUAUUUUUGGGUGCCAGUUUAUUUUCCAAGCUAUGGAUAUCUGGAUUGAUCUCGCCUAUCAAAUUUGCAUGUAGGUGGUAAAAUUUUUAAUGAGCAAGACAUAUAUAUGCUUAAUUUAUAUUUAA